GAGAGAGAGAGAGAGACUCGCACACUUGGUGAGAGGGGAGACAGACUGAGGGUACGCUAGACUAAGCAGACGAGGCAUAUUUCAGGCGCACAUUAGGAGUGCGUAAAACCGCAGGAGCGCAUAGAAACAUCGUAACCGGUGAUUGUGCGUUGGAUAAUAGGAGCUUUGAGUCUCGGAGUUGUCGACUUUAAUUGCGUCUGCUUAUAGGAACUGGCCCUAUGAAUUCAGCAGCCUUGAGUUUUCUGAAUGGACGCGCUGGGAAGCUUCUCCGGUGACAUGGAAAUGAGCGUUAUUGAGCGUGUGGCCGGAUGCUGAGGACGCCCAAUCCGAUAAAUCAAUUUCAGCCUUCAUUUUGAGUUUUGAAUUCAGUUUUUUACACCGGCUACGACAUGGAGGGCACAAGCUUUCACCCCCAUCCCGGACUUCAACAAACUCUGAAGCAGUUUCAUCUGAGUUCCAGGCGCUCUCUCGGUGGACCGGCAGCGUUCUCCGCUCGGUUGUACCAGGACUCACUCUUCGCUAAAGAUGGAAAAUCCGCCGAGAUUAUGCUUCCCCUGCCGGCCCAGACACCCCCAGUGAUGUCCGGUCCACUCUUCAUCCCGUCCGACCGCUCUACGGAGAGGUGCGAGACGGUCCUGGAGCGAGAGCCCAUCUCUUGCUUUGUGGUCGGCGGCGAGAAGCGGCUGUGUCUGCCACAGAUUCUCAACAGUGUUCUGAGAGAUUUCUCUCUCCAGCAGAUCAACUCAGUGUGUGACGACCUGCACAUCUACUGCUCGCGGUGCACGGCGGACCAGCUGGAGAUCCUCAAAGUGGUGGGUAUUCUGCCUUUCUCGGCUCCGUCCUGCGGGCUGAUCACUCAGACUGAUGCUGAGCGCCUCUGCAACGCUCUCAUCUACGGCGGCACUUACCCUCCACACUGUAGCAAGGAGUUGGGCUCCCUGGAGUUGGAGCGAACCGAGAAGAGCUUCAAAGUGUAUCAUGAAUGUUUUGGCCGGUGUAAAGGUUUGUUUGUCCCGGAACUGUACGCUGGCCCGAGCGCCGCCUGCAUCCAGUGCAUGGACUGCAGGCUCAUGUUCCCACCUCAAAAGUUUGUGGUUCACAGUCACAAGAGACUCGAAAACCGGACAGUCCACUGGGGGUUCGACUCUGCGAACUGGCGGGCCUAUGUGCUUUUAGACCCGGACUACACCGGAAAAGAGGAGAAGAGUCAUCUGGAGCAGCUGCUUAAAGAAUUAAAAGGCAAAUAUGAUGUGACGGGAAAGCUGCCCAGUAAAUCUUGCAGAUCCCCCAGCCCAGUCCCAGCCAAAAGGUCCAAAUUCAACAAAUCACAAUCUCCAUCAGCUGAUAAAGACAAGAAACCUGACUGGUUACAAUCGCUGACAAAGUCUGCACACAAGGAUCUGAAACAGGCCCAACUGAAACAGAGACCCUCUGCUUUCCGCCCGUGGUCUCCCAAAGCAGCAGAAAAAGAGAAGCCAGCCACCCAGAAUGAGGUGGAGAGGUCUUACUUAAAGAAUCAGGAGAUGAUGAUAGCCCCCAAUCUGACACUAGCUCCCCUGGCUCCUCCGGUCCAUCCCAGAGACAGUCACACUCCUGGCAGGGGGUGCACAACCAUUUCCAGGUCACCACAAGAGCUGCCUAAUGGAGACAUACAAGCUGCGGCAAAGCUGGUCCUUUCUAGUACCACCAACCGAGCCGACAACAUGGACACAGAUGGGGAGAUUGAUGUGGAUGACUGUGAUGAUUAUCCAGUGCCAGCUUCCUCGAUGGCUUCUCCUCCAUCAGCUUGCACCAGUGUGCCUCAGACUCUGACCCCUCAGACCAUUGCUCGAGCUCAGGAGGGACCUGCCUGGCUGUCAGGGCCCGUUUGCCCAGAGAUGGACACCCUCAGACAGAUGUUGUAUGCGGGCCUGGACACCAAAGAAGCCAGGGAAAAACUCCUGCAGGAGAUUGUCAGAAUGAGAGUUAAGCAGGAGGAGAAGCUGGCAGCUGCUGUGCAAGCUAAACGCAGCCUUCAGCAGGAACUGGAGUUUGUGAAAGUGGCUAAGAAAGGUCGCCUUCGUGAGGCCAUUGAAGCCAAGCGCAACCUGCGAAAGGAGAUUGAACGCCUUCGUGUGGAUUGGGAGAGGAAGAUGAGGGACGCAGAGGAGUCUUGUGUGCGGCUGAAACGAGACUUGGAGAGGGAGAGACAGCUGCGAGUUUGUGACAAAGGCUGUGAGGCUGAGCAUCUCCGGGUCAAGUACUCUACUCAGAUUGAAGAGCUGCAUGUGCAGCUACAACAAGCAGAAGCCGAUCGCGAGCAGCUGAGACAGGAAUUGCAGCAGGAGAGAGAAGCUCGGCAGAGCCUGGAGAGUGCUGUCAAAGACCUGCAAACCCAGCUGGCGCUGAAGGCUGACAGCAGCGCUCCUGGAGAUUCCAAGGAAGCAAACACAGACAUACAAAGACAGACCACACAAAACACCAAUGGAUCCUAAACCUGCACAUUCACAACAGGAGAAAAAAGACUCAAAUAAAAGAAGCCUGGUUAAGGAAUGUGUUGCACCUCUUGUGAGGGAAAAGAGACUCAGCAAAGUGCAAAGUUGUUCAUGUAGAGGAAACUUGAUCAUAUAUAAUAUGAUAUGAUAUGAUGCUAUUCGAUAUUAUUAUGAAAAUAUAUGUAUUUUACAAAAUGAACUGGAAAGUAGCAUGUCGUAAGAACGUAAAACUAAGAAAGCCUUCUUCGGUGAUGAACACAUCUCUCCAGUGAUGUCAGAGCCCUCGGUCAGACACCUGACGCUGUCCAAGGAUUUUAUUUUGGUAUAAGCUAUUCAAAGAUGUACAAAUAUAGCCACAUAACACUACUUGAAUAUGAAGGGAAGUAAUGUGUUCUGCCUGGUGAAACAUGAGCAGGUGAUGAAACUCUUGGUGCCACAAAAUAUUGGUACACUCAUAGGUGUCACUGCAGACCACUGGAAACAAGAGACACCAGUUUACCACUAUUUACUUUUAAUAUCAGCUUGCUUUUUAUAACUGUGUAGAGGAUGUACUUUUUAAGAAAUAUUGCUUGCGCAGCACAGGUAAGAAAAAGCAUUCAUAUACUGUACAAACAUGUACGCAUGUAUACCAGCUUGUUUAGCUUUUGUAUUUUACAAACCUGAAGUAAUGGAGGUUGCAUAGGCUGUUUCAGGUUCACUAUUGAUUUACGCUUAGAUAUUUUAUGGAAGUGUUACUUUUUAAUAUUAUGAUGCAAGUUUAUUUGUUGUUUGAGCAUUGUUUCCAGUAAUAUUUUUGCAACCAAAACAUGUGAUAAAUAGUAAAUAUUCUUGCCCACUUUAGUGCAGAUAAGUCUAGAAAUACCCUUCUAAAAGAAAAAAAAAACAUUUCAAUAGUUGUCUGUUUUUGUUGAAACACGGUACUUCUGAUUUUCUAUUGAGUAUUGUGAAAUAAUUUAUAUUCUGUAAUAAUUUGCUGCCUAUCGACAGAAAGCUUUCAUUUUUAGGCACUGUUUUAGGGCUCCUGAAUCAACAAAUGCUGUUUAUAUGAACAACAUUUCUACAUAUAUACAAAAUAUGAAUAUAUAUUUUUUUUACUUUAAGAAAAGGAAUUGCACUUUUUAAAGAAAAGAACCUUGCGUUGUACCCCCUCUUACAUUUUUCACAAAUUAACAUGAACUUUGAAUUUAAACACACGUUCACUUACUAUCCUUUGAUGUAAAUACAAUAAUAUUGUAAAUAAGAUAUUUGUUGGUAUGCUUGCUUGCUCCAGACUUAAACUGAUUAUGAAUAUUAUUAUUUUUUGCUCUUACUUGAAACCAAAAAAGAAACUAUAUUUGGAUUUGCAAAACUACACAUUCAUAUCCCAUCAGUAUCUUUGCAUUCACAGGGCAUUUACCAGAAACAAUGAACUGUCAGUAGUCAUGAACUUGACCUGUCAGUAGUUUUUGUAGGUUUGACACAUGAACAGAAUAUUAUAAGUUGUCCUUUUAUUUUAUCUAAGAAGAUUUUUUAUUAUUUGAUGAAUUAUAGAGUACAUAUUACGGCACAGACCAAAAACUAAAAAUGGGUUUUAUUCCCUGCACCUCCAACUCCCUCGUCAGAUAGAGUAGAAGUGACACCGUCUCGUGGUUUCGAACCUAGGUGCUCUUAUAUAUUUAGACAAGAAGCAGUUUUAUGUCAUAUCAUUAUAAUACCCUUGCUCAGUAUUUGUUGGGUACAGUGUAAUAGCAAUAUCCAUUUUGUUGGCUGAUGUUCUUGUAGUAUUGGUUUGGAAAUGGGGUCUCACCUGCCUCUUGUUUCAAUGUUUUUUAUUUUCGCAAAACCUGUAUAAUACCCAUUAAAAUCUCAAUCAGUU